AGAAAGGAGCAUCUGAUUGCCUCCGAUGACUUUGUGUUGGUAAAGCAGGAGUUAAGUAUAACAAAUGAAGGCUGCGAGCUUGUCAGGGUUGUACUAUUUUUCUAAUGCAUAAGAAGAAGGGAGGUUAGGAGACAGGAGGCAGUGGGGAAAUCCAACAGAAGGUGAUCUGAAGCUAAGCCUUCCAGACUGUUGAUAUUGAUGGGCAUCCAGAGAAAGGACAGGUCAGCUGCAUGAAAAAAUAUCUAUCUCUUAGGAACUCGGAUUAAUGAGCGGUGUUUCAUUGCCUCCCCUGCCUUAGUUCUUGCAUCCUAGCUGUGAGUGGGGAAGGAGGGCAGCUGUCUUCUGCUGAGGAUUGGAAGCCAGGGAGUUUCUCCUGGGAAGGAGAAAGCCUUUGGUUGUUCUUAAGACAACAAGAAGAAAAAACAGCAUCCUGAGAGAAAAGGGCAGGAUAGCAGCCUGUGGCUCUAAGGGCACAGAGCAUCCCCUCCGAGAAGUCCAACCAGAGGCUGGAUGGUUGGUGAUGCAGCACCCAGCUAAGGGCAGGGCAGUCCAGGGAGGCUUUGGGGCUGAGAUCUUGAGUCCACAUGGGAUAUUCUUCAGGUGCUCAGAAGCAAAACAUCCCAGGUCAUGUCCUGCAUGCCAAAUGAAGUCCAGUGCUUCUGUGAUGGGAACCCGGCUGCAGCUGGCUGAGCAAUGCGUGGCAGAGAGCACAAUGCUCUGUUUUUUCUCCUGAAAAGGAAGCUCAGCGGAGACUACACUGCAGCGGACCUGCAACAGCAAACAGCACAGAUGCCAAAUGCUGACAGACUUUUUUCAUGAACUCCCUGUUUCCAUGAACUACUUCAGAGCCUAUGUACAUAACUUUCCAGUGGAUAUUAGAAUCUCAGUGAACACUUCCCAGCCACCAGAUAUUCAUAAAAGUUUUGAUUAAAACAGCCUAAAUAUGACUGUUGCUACUGGAGAUCCCACAGAUGAAGCAGCAGCUUUGCCUGGUCAUCCUCAGGACACUUAUAACCCAGAAACUGAUCAUGAAUGUUGCGAGAGGGUGGUUAUUAAUAUCUCGGGGCUGCGGUUUGAAACACAACUUAAGACACUUGCUCAGUUUCCAGAGACUUUGUUAGGAGACCCUAAAAAGAGAAUGAGAUAUUUUGAUCCACUCCGGAAUGAGUAUUUCUUUGACCGAAACAGACCCAGCUUUGAUGCUAUUUUAUAUUACUACCAAUCAGGUGGCAGACUGAGACGGCCUGUUAAUGUGCCCUUGGACAUCUUCUCAGAAGAAAUAAGGUUUUAUGAACUUGGUGAAGAAGCUAUGGAGAUGUUUCGGGAGGAUGAAGGUUAUAUCAAGGAAGAAGAACGGCCUUUACCAGAGAAUGAGUUUCAGAGACAAGUAUGGCUUCUCUUUGAAUACCCAGAAAGUUCUGGGCCAGCCAGGAUUAUAGCAAUUGUCUCAGUCAUGGUCAUCCUAAUCUCCAUAGUAAGUUUCUGCUUGGAAACUCUGCCUGUGUUCCGUGAUGAAACUGAAGACAUGCAUGGUAGCAGUAGCAACCCCAGCCCUUAUUCCAACAGCACAACGGGGUCUCAACAAGCAACAUCUUUCACAGACCCCUUCUUUAUAGUAGAAACACUCUGCAUAAUUUGGUUCUCCUUUGAAUUCUUGGUGAGAUUCUUUGCCUGCCCUAGCAAAGCUGGCUUUUUUACCAAUAUCAUGAACAUCAUUGAUAUUGUUGCCAUUAUUCCGUACUUCAUCACACUUGGCACAGAGCUGGCUGAGAAACCAGAAGAUGGCCAGCAAGGUCAACAGGCAAUGUCUCUUGCUAUCCUCCGAGUGAUCCGUUUGGUGAGGGUGUUCAGGAUCUUCAAACUUUCCAGACACUCCAAGGGAUUGCAAAUCCUAGGACAGACUCUGAAGGCCAGCAUGAGGGAGCUAGGCCUCUUGAUAUUUUUCCUCUUCAUUGGUGUCAUCCUGUUCUCCAGUGCUGUCUAUUUUGCAGAGGCUGAUGAGAGUGAAUCUCAGUUCCCAAGCAUUCCUGAUGCUUUUUGGUGGGCUGUGGUUUCCAUGACAACAGUUGGCUAUGGAGACAUGGUCCCCACGACCAUAGGUGGAAAAAUAGUUGGCUCCUUGUGUGCCAUUGCAGGUGUACUAACAAUUGCCUUACCCGUGCCGGUUAUAGUGUCCAAUUUCAACUACUUCUAUCACCGUGAGACAGAAGGAGAGGAGCAAGCUCAAUACUUGCAAGUCACCAGCUGCCCAAAGAUCCCUUCUUCCCCUGACCUAAAGAAAAGCAGAAGUGCCUCCACUAUUAGUAAGUCUGAUUAUAUGGAGAUACAAGAAGGUGUGAAUAAUAGCAAUGAGGACUUUAGAGAGGAGAACUUGAAAACAGCCAAUUGCACCCUAGCUAACACAAACUAUGUUAAUAUAACUAAAAUGUUAACUGAUGUCUAGCUAAUAAAAAGAGAGAA